AUGGGUGAGAUCGGUACAAAUCUGCUCCUGCGGAGGAUAGCUGAACAAGCCCGCGAAAAAAGCAUAAUACGCGACGCAGCAUUGGAGAAAAAAUUUCGAAAGCUGCCCAAUCCAACGUCGCCCAGAAACGACAAACGGGUGCACAACCUGUCAUCAAAGGAGCUGACGAAGGAUCAGCUGCAGCUUUUACGGCACGAAGCUUCAUUUAACACGGCUGACGCCAAAACUGUUAACAUGAUUGCAGCAGUGGAAUCAAUCCUUUGUCAGAAGGAGACAACGGAGGAGACUAAGAGUCUCAUCCGACACCAAGUGUCGUCUCUCCUGAUAGCCCGCAGGCCGCGGGAAGUGAUUUUCAAGUUCGAACGUAAUGCGCUUAGAGAACUCAAGGCCGACAAAGGACGCGCCACAGUUGUACUGGACAGGACAGACUACCUUCAAAAAGCCAAAGGUUUACUGGAGGACCGACAGUUCUAUGUCCCAUGUGCAACGAAACCUUUAAUAGCGCUGACACGCGAAAUCAGUGCUACGUUGUUGGCCCUGGAGAACUCAGGUGCAAUAACACCGACCGACAGACGCAUGGCGAGACCCCAAGAUACGGCUUUGGCUCGAUUCUAUGGCCUCCCUAAGGUGCACAAAGACAGCGCUCCUCUCCGAACCAUCGUGUCGCUCAAAGGGACUCCAACGUACGGACUGGCUAAGUGGCUGUUCCGGCGUCUUAAGUUCCUGACCGCUGAGUCAGACACCACGGUCUCUUCGUCAGCACAAUUCCUGGAGAAACUCAAAGGUGGUAAGCAUCCAUUCAAAUGAGGUCAUGGUAUCUUUUGAUGUUACAUCCCUUUUUACUUCUAUUACCCAGGACCUGGCGAUCGAGACGAUUGA